AUGGCAUUCGUCGCAAACGGAAAUGAGUACGACUUCAUCAUCGUCGGCGGCGGCACAGCAGGAAACACUGUAGCAGGCCGUCUCGCCGAAAACCCCCACGUCCGCAUCCUCAUCGUCGAAGCCGGCAUCCCCAACCCGCACCAAAUCCCCGAAAUCACCACGCCCUCCAAGGCCUUCAACCUGCGCGGCAGCAAGCACGACUGGGCCUACAAGUCCACCAUGAUCAAGCGCGACGACUACGAGCGCAUCGAGAAGCCCAACACCCGCGGAAAAGUCCUCGGCGGUUCAUCCUGCGCCAACUACUUCACCUGGAUCCCCGGCUCAAAGCCCACUUUCGACGACUGGGAGGCUUUCGGCGGCGAGGAUUGGAACUGGGAUGGUUGUGUGGAGUAUCUUCGCAAGUGUGCGACUUAUCAUGAUGAGGAGGGGCUUUAUCCCGCUGAGCUGGGGAAGAUUGGCACCGGGGGCCCUAUUCAGAUUGCGCAUGCUGAUCUUGUUCCUGAGAUGCAGCCGUGGCGUGAUGCUUUGACUGAAGCGUGGGUCUCAAAGGGUGAAGUCUUGACGGAGAAUAUUUACGAUGGUGAGAUGAGGGGUCUUACGCAUUGUGUUGAUACGAUCCAUGGGGGUCAGCGACAGGGAAGUUUCUUGUAUCUCAAGAACAAGCCCAAUGUCAAUAUCCUCUACGGUGUUCAGUCCAAGGAGCUGAUCAUUGAUCCUCGCACCAACACUUGUCUUGGUGUUACUGUCAUCAAUCCUGACACUAAGGGAGAGCUCAGUGUCUUCGCCAGCAAGGAAGUUAUUCUGUCUCAGGGUGUUUUCGAAACCCCCAAGCUUCUCAUGCUUUCUGGUGUUGGUCCCGCCCAGGAACUCCAGAAGAACGGUAUCAACGUCAAGCUCGAAUCUCCUCACGUUGGCCAGCAUCUUCUUGACCACCCUAUCGUUCCUUUCGUUCUCCAAGUCAAGGAUGGCUUCGGUCUGGAGAACUACAUCCUUCGAAACGGUGCCGCCAACAGCGCUGCUGUCGCUCAGUACAAGCGCGACAAGACCGGCCCCGUCAGCUCUGGUCUUCUUGAACUCGUAGGCUUUCCCCGUAUCGAUGAGCGCCUCGAGCAGCACCAAUCCUACCGUGAAGCCAAGGCUGCAAACGGCGGGCUCGAUCCCUUCGGUCCCAAGGGCCAACCUCACUUCGAGCUCGACUUUGUUGGCAUGUUCAGCACUGCUUUCCAAUGGCACUACCCCGUUCCUGAGAAGGGUAACUACAUGACCGUCAUCGUCGACCUUCUCCGUCCACUUUCUGAAGGUCAAGUCACACUUAACAGCAACAAUCCUCUUGUCCAACCCAACAUCAACCUCAACUUCUUCGGCAAUGAUCUCGAUAUCCUUGCUAUGCGCGAGGGUGUUCGCUGGACUUAUGAUGUUCUCACUACUGGCAAGGGCUUCAAGGACAUUGUGACAGGCGAGUAUCCUUGGAGAAUGCCCCUUGAGUCCGAUGAGGAGAUGAAGAGGGCUGUCCUUGACCGCAGCCAGACUGGUUUCCACCCCUGUGGUACUGCACGCUUGUCCAAGAACAUCCAGCAGGGUGUUGUUGACUCUCGCCUUCGUGUUCACGGAAUCAAGAACCUCCGCAUUGCUGAUGCCUCCGUCAUCCCAGUCAUUCCUGACUGCCGCAUCCAGAACUCUGUCUACAUGAUUGGAGAGAAGGGUGCGGAUAUGAUCAAGGCUGAUCAUCCUGAGAUCUUUGGUCAGGCUCCUAUCAGGGCCAACCCAUUCACUAGCCGCCUGUAG